GCGCGGCAAACAGCAUAACAUACAGCCAACCAGUGCCCGAAUGACAACCGGCACGCGAGCACGUUUCGUUGCUGCGACUUACUUGAAAAAAAAAAAAAAAGUAAAUAUCCCAAACGCGUCUCCGGUAUUCGCGGUAAAGGUUUUUACACUUAAAAAGGAAGCAGUGAUUGUGUUUAAAAAAAAAGUUUGAAUAAUCUGUGUGUGUUGUGUUUUAGCCGUAUUUUUUCGUGAUUUUAUAAAUAAAAGAAACCAAAGAUUUAUUUAUACAUGAAAAGAAAAAGGAAAUAAGCAAAUUGUGUCAUUGAACUGAAUGAAUGAGUGAAGGUGAUCUAAAUGAAGUGACAAGUGAGUAAUAGUGAAGUGAAACAUGCAGCGGCAACUCAGCAACGUGAGCUUCCACUCGUACCAAGACUAUCAGCCGGCGAGGAAAUAUGGGCCCCAGUAUGAGCCGGGUGGUUACGCGAGCGCAGUGCAGCAGCGUACCAACAUGACGCAGCGCGAGGACGCGCUCAAGUUCGAGCAGAGCCGCAUCAAGGCGCUGCAGGAGGAGCGGUUGCACAUACAGAAGAAGACUUUCACGAAAUGGAUCAACUCGUUCUUGCAGAAGGCCCGCAUGGAGGUGGACGAUCUAUUCGUGGACCUCGCGGACGGCAGACGUCUGCUGAAGCUGCUGGAGAUCAUCAGCGGCGAGCGGCUGCCGCGCCCCAACACGGGUCGCAUGCGCGUGCACAAGAUUGAGAACGUCAACAAGAGUCUGAGUUUCCUGCACACUAAGGUGCGACUGGAGUCCAUAGGCGCUGAGGACAUCGUGGACGGCAACCCGAGGCUGAUCCUCGGUCUAAUCUGGACCAUCAUCCUGCGGUUCCAGAUCCAGGAGAUUGAGAUCGAUGUGGAUGAAGAGAAUGAGUCGUCAGAGAAGAAAUCGGCCAAAGACGCUUUGCUGCUGUGGUGCCAGCGAAAGACAAGCGGCUACCAUGGCGUCCACAUACACAACUUCACGGACUCGUGGCGAUCUGGACUUGGGUUCAACGCCCUCAUACAUGCGCACAGGCCGGACCUAUUCCGUUGGGCGGAAGUGCCCGCAGCAGACCACGUGGAAACCCUCAACCACGCCUUCGACGUCGCCCACAAACACCUCGGCAUCCCCCGCCUGCUGGACGCUGAAGACGUGGACACCACCAGGCCUGAUGAGAAGUCGGUGAUGACGUACGUGGCGAGCUACUACCACACCUUCGCCAGGAUGAAGAACGAACAGAAGAGCGGCAGAAGAAUUGCUAACAUCAUAGGCCAACUCAUGGACUGCGACGGUCGCAAGACGGAGUAUGGACGUCUAUUCUCCGCCCUGAUGGAAUGGAUCAGAGCUACUACCCUACGUCUGGCUGACAGGGACCUGCCCAACUCGCUGGACGGCAUACAGCGGCUGCUGUUAGCCUUCAAGCAGUACAGGACGGUCGAGAAGCCGCCCAAAUACAAAGAGCGUUCUGAGAUCGAAGCGUUGUUCUUCCACAUCAACACGAUGCAGAAGAGUUUAGUAGGUGAAACCUGGGCGCCCAUGGAGGGGCAGCUGCCUCAAGACCUGGAACGAGCCUGGCAGCAGCUGGAACAGGCGGAACAUGCCCGAGAAAUAGCGCUGAGAACAGAGUUGCUGCGCCAACAACGGCUGGAACAGCUCAACUACAAGUUCAAUACUAAAUCCGUGCUCCGUAAAGGCUACCUGAAGGAGAUGAUCCAGGUGCUUUCGGACCCCCGGUACGGAUCCAACUUAGCUCAAGUCGACGCUACAGUCAAGAAGCACGAAGCUAUAUCCGCUGAUAUACUGGCCAGAACCGAACGCUUCGAAGACCUAUCAGCCAUGGCUGCAGAACUGGUCCGGGAGAAAUACCACGGGGCAGAAGCGGUGACCAGGAACGAACAGGCUGUUCUUCAGCGCUGGAGGGAGCUGCUAGAACUCCUGGAGAGACAUAGGGCUGCACUGGCCAGCCUGGCUCAUCUCAUGGCGCUGCUGAGGGAGGCUGAUGCUGUGGAGCAGACCUUGGGGCAGAUGCAGAACCAGUUCCAAUCUGAAGAAGUCGGCCGUCACUUGGUCGACGUAGAACGAUUGUUGCAAGCUCAUGCCUUGCAAGAGUUACAACUCGGAGCCCUAGAAGAGAGCAUUCGUCGUUUAGUGAGACAAGGGGCUGCGGCAUCUGGACCUGCGCAGCCUCUCCAGCAGUUGGCGAGCCAAUUGGCUCACUUGGAAGAAGCUUAUGAUGCUUUGGUAGCCGCUGCUAAAGAUAGGAAGGCUAGGUUAGAAGAUGCUAGGAAUCUGUACCAGUUUCUGGAAGACCAUGAUGAGGAGGAAGGAUGGGUGACCGAGAAGCAACGCAUCUGCCGCGCAGAGGUUGCGGCUAAGGACUUGCGUGGCGUUCUGGCUUUGAAGCAGAAGCAUACGGCUUUGUUGCACGAAUUGAGAGCCAGGGAGCAUGUGUCUCAACGGCACAAGGCGAAAGGGCAAAGUUUGAUUGACGCCAAGCACCCGAAGAGCUCGGAGAUUGAGCGUCGCCUGGCGCUGCUGAGCCAGCAGUGGGAGACUUUACGCCAACUAGCUGCCGUAAGGGAGAAGCAGCUUGCCGACGCUGCGGAAGCACACCAGUUCUACGGCGAUGCCAACGAAGCCGAGUCCUGGAUGAAGGAGAAGCGAGCGUUAGUUGCCACUGAAGACUGUGGCCGCGACGCCCCCGAAGCCGCGGCUCUACUCGCUCGCCAGCGGGCGCUCCACCACGAGCUGUGCGCGUACAAAACUGAGCUAGACACUCUAGCUACGCAUGCGAAUAGGCUGCAGCAGGCUGGGAUAACUGCGUUGCAGCUGCCAACUGAAGUGGAGACUUCUUCCGGUCCUGAGGAAGAGGAAUGGGUGAACGAAUCCCGCCUGGUUCCUACUGAAGUAUGGGAAGAGGAACCUGUGGAGAGACUGGAACACAGAACGGUUACGGAAGAGAGAAGCGUGCCACAGGUCAAAGCGUUAUACGCCUUCACCGGGCAAGGUAUCUCCAUGCAGAAAGGCGAAGUUAUGUUCCUGAUGAACAAGACGAACCCUGACUGGUGGUCUGUUCGUAAAGCUGACAGGACUGAUGGUUUCGUGCCAGCGAACUACGUCAGGGAGAUCGAACCAAGAGUUGUUCCGGUGCAAGUCCGUCGCCCUGAACGCGUCCGCACUGUCCAGCGAGUGAAGAAGACAGUGCUGGUCAAACAAGUGGUGCCCGUCCGUCGCGCCCCCGCCCCCGCCCCCGCCCCAGCGCGGCGCCGCCCGCCCCCCAGCUCCGCCCCCCGACCCGUGGGGGACACUAUAGGCCACAUACAGAGGAGCUACGACGAGCUUCUCGAGCUGUCGGCAGCCCGACGCGAGCAGCUCGAGGACGCCAUCAAGUUGUACAGCUUCUUCGCUGAGUGCGACGACUUCGACAAAUGGAUGAAAGACAAGGAGAAGAUGCUGCGAGCUGAUGACGAACAGGACAGCGUGGAUAAUGCUAAAAGGAAAUAUGAGAAAUUCGUAACGGAUCUAUCGGCCGCCUCUAAGCGUCUAGAACAGAUAGACUCUGCUGCAGAAGAGUUAGUAGCAGCUAAACAUGGCCAGGCUGCUAGAGCUACUGCUAGGAGACAGCAGCUGAAACAGCAGUGGGACAGACUGCUUAGGCUGAAGCUGCAGAAGGAGAGAAGUCUGGAGGGAGCUAGCAGCGUGGAGCUAUUCAGCCGCACAUGCGACGAAGCCCUAGAAUGGAUGGCCGAGAAGGAACAACAACUGGCCUCCUCCAGCGCCCCCCCUCCGGACCUGAGGACUGUGCGCGCCCUCCAGCGGAGACAUGCGCAAUUAGAGCGGGAAUUGGAACCGCUGAGAGAUAAAGUUCAUACUCUAACGCUGCUAGCUGAUGACGUCAAGAACCAGUACCCCUCCGAGCGAGCCAAUGUGGAGUCCCGGCAGCGUCAGAUCAGCGCAAUGUGGGAGAGAUGUAGAGCGCAGGCGGCCGAGAGACGCGCGCGGCUAGAGAGUGCUGUCGGACACCAGAUAUUCGGGAACAGUACUGCGAUGUUACAAGACUGGCUGCAGAAAGUGCAAGAACAGCUGCAAGCGGAGAGCUCAGCUAAAGACGUGGCUACUGCAGAAGGACUGCAGAAACAACACCAGGAACUUUACGAUGACAUCAAAGCGCAUGACGAUGAGUUCGCGGAAGUGAUACAGCUGGGCCAGCAGCUGUUGUCCAGCAAUCCAGCACUUACGGACGUCGCCGAGAAGAUCAAGCAUCUGCAGCAAGAACAAGCCAACGUACACAAACAGUGGGCGGAUAAAGACACCUUCUUGAAACAGCUGCUGCAGCUUCAAACCUUGAACCGCGAGGCGGAUCGUAUCGACGCGUCCAGCGGCGCUCAUUCCGCCUAUCUGCACUACCAGCCUACCGGGUCGUCAGUCGACGAAGUGGAGGCAUUACUCAAGCGGCACGAAGAAUUGGAAGCCCGACUCACGGCACAAGACGAGCGGCUAUCAGCAUUCGUCCACAAAGCAAACGCACUGAUCAACGAAAACCAUCCACACAAGGCACAUAUCGCGGCCCGUAGAGAUGCGGUGGUGGCGAGACGCGACGCUGUAAGGAAGGAGGCGGGCGAGCGACGCCGGGCGCUGUUGGCUAGCUUAGCGCAUCAACAGUUCAUUGAGGCUGCUGAAGAGCUGCAAGCCUGGAUCCAGGACAAGACCAGAACAGCCAAGGACCAAAGUUACAGGGAUCUGGCGAACCUUGAACGCAAACUGCAGAAACACGAGGCGUUCGAGAGAGAGCUGCAGGCCAACGAGAAACAACUCAGGAACGUGGAGAGUACGGGCAAAUCCCUACAAGAGUCGGACGCCGCUCGGGCGUCGGAAGUGUCCCAGCGUGUGAAGUCACUGCGGGCCGCGUGGGACGAGCUGGUGGCCGCGUCCCGGGACAAGGGGGCCAAGCUGAGGCAGGCGGCCCUGCAGAGGAAACAUAGGAGAGCCAUAGAGGACGCUAAGGCAAGAUUAGUGGACCUGGAGCGCGCACUAAAGAGCAAAGAGGUUGGCGCCGAUCUUAGGAGCUGCAAACGACUUAUGAACCAGCACCAGGCCCUAGAACAGGAACUAGCCCAAUGGGAGCAGAAGGCAUCAGCCCUGCAAGCCCAAGGUCUUGACCUGGUGUCGAGCGGUCACUUCGAUGCUGAAGCCAUACAACAGGACUCUGACAACCUGUCCAGACAUGUUGCUGCCCUGCACGAUCCCGCUGCCAAGAGGAGACAGGCGUUGGAGAGUAGUUUACAACUCCACAAAUUUGCCGCCGAAGUGUCUGGCGAGCGAUCCUGGCUGCAGGAGAGACGUGCCGCCGCCGCGGCACCCGUUUCUGCCGCUAAUGCCGCCGCGGCACUAAAGCACCAUGCUAAGUUAUUAGCUGAACUACAAGGAAGACAGCCUAUAAUGAGGAGAGUAUUGAACCAUGGACAUAAGCUGAUUGAAGAGGGACAUCCUCAGGAGGAUAAGAUCACGUCCCUCUGUUCUGCGUUAGAAGAGGAGUAUGGAGAAGUGGCGGCGGCCGCAGAAGAGCGCGGCAACAGAUUGGAAGAAGCUGCUAAAGCCCAGCAAUUCCUCAACGAUGCUGUGGAGUUGGACGCUUGGCUCGCUGACAAGGCCGCCGCGUUGGCUGAUCCGGACGUUGGCAGAGAUACGCAUCGCGCCACUCAACUACUCACCAGGCACAAGGCGGUGGAGUUAGAACUGGACUCAUACGCGGGGAUAGUCUCCGAGAUGGGUCGCUGCGCUGCCUCCAUGGAGUCUGCCGGUCACCCAUCCGGGGAGGCGCUGGUGCAGCGACACAGUCAACUGGCUGACGGACUGCAACGACUCCAGAGGCGCGCGGAGCUGAGGCAACGGGCGCUGGUGGAGAGCGUGUGCAGGCACGAAUACUUAGCGGAAAGUGCCGAACUGGAAAGCUGGAUACAGGAACAAUACGCCGCAGCUUCCAGCGAGGACUACGGACACGACUACGAACAUCUACUGAUCUUAAGGUCCAAAUUCGAGGAGCUCCGCCUCAGGGUUGAGAGCGGCGCUGAAAGGUUCAGCCAAUGCGAGGAGUUGGCGAAGAAACUGUUGGCCACUGACAGCCCUUACAUAGCGGACAUCGAGAAAAGGCAGGAGGCUUUGGGCGAGUCAUGGCAACGCCUGGUAGACCAGAUUCAGUCUCGUGGCGCCCGUCUCCACGCCGCUGGGGAGAUCCAUCGGUUCCACCGCGACGUGGCUGAUCUACUGGCAAGGGCUCACGAUAAGAGAGCCUUAUUGGCUACUAUGCCCCCCGGUAGAGACACCAGUAAGGCUGAGCUGUUGGCUAUAGAGGCACAGAUGCAGGUGCUACAAGAAGAAGGCAGUCGCCUCUCCCGCCUCUACCCUGGCAGUAAUGUCCAGCAGUUAGAACUUCAACGCAGAGCUCUGGCUGAAGCAUGGGCUCAGCUGCAAGAAGCGGCCGCUGCCAGACAACACGCCUUGGCCCAACAUAGGGACUUGCAGCAGUUCCUUACUCAAGUCCGCGACCUAGUGUCGUGGUGUUCGGGCGUGGUCGCGUCACUAGCGGGCGCGGGUUCGGGGUCGGGCGCGGGCGCGGGCGCUGUUAGAGACGCGGCCUCUGCGCAAGCUGCGCGCGCGCAACACGACGCGCUCAAACACGAGAUGGAUGCGAGAGACGACAGUGUUAGGGACGCGCUGGACCACGGACAGAGGCUGAUAAGGGAGGGGCAUCCCGCUCAACAGGAGGUAGAAGAAAAAUGCGAGCAACUCGUAGAAGCACGCGGCAGAGCAUUGGGUGCUUGGGCAGCUCGACAGGUGGCGCUGGAUCAACUCAUAGACUUGCACUGUUUCCUGAGAGACGUGGCCCAACUGCACGACUUGUGUGCUUCUCAGGAACACGCGCUAGCCGUGGAAAUCCCACCGGACUGCAGCGUCGAGGAGGUAGACAACCAGCUCAAGAAACACGAGGCCUUCGAAAAACUGCUGGCCACGCAGGACGAGAAGUUGGCCACCCUCAACAGCCACGGAGACAAGUUGCUAGAACAAAACCACGUGGAGAGCGAACGCAUCGCCAAAGAGCUCAAGACUAUCAAUGAGCGACGUAGGAAGUUACACGCAUCGUGCGCGUCUAAACGCCAGCGUUUGGUCCGCGCGCGCGCCCGAGCUCAGUUUGCUCGCGACGCGGCCGACACGCGCGGCUGGCUCGCUGACAAACUGGCCAAGCUGAAUGCUGAACACGAGCAAGGUGAAGUCACCAACCUCGAGGACAAGAUCAAGAAACUGCAAAAGCAUCAAGCGUUCACAGCAGAAUUGGCUGCCAACAAAGCUCGCUUACAAGAAGUGCGCGCGUUGGCUGACCAACUGAAACCUGACCAAGACGUAGAAAAAGAAUUGCAGGCGUUGGAGAAGGACUGGAGACUUCUGGAAGAAGCUACUGAGAAAAGAGGACGUGGCUUGGAAGAAGCACAAGACAUUCUGGAGUUCAACCAGCACCUGGACAAGAUUGAGGCCUGGAUCAGGGAUAAGGAGAUGAUGGUUCAAGCCCACGAGUUGGGGCGCGACUACGAGCACUGCUUCGCCCUCCUGCGUAAAUUGGACGACUUGGACAGCGACAUGAAGGUGGACGAUAAACACGUUCGCAGUAUAUGCGCGCUCGCAGAUAAACUGCUGCUUCAGGGUCCGACGCAACAGGCUGAUGGAGUGGCUUCUCGUCGCGACGCGUUCCUCAGUAAAUGGGCUGCUUUGAGUGGAGCCCUACAGCAAUAUAGGGACAACCUGGCGGCUGCGUUGGAGAUACACGCCUUCAACAGGGACGUAGAAGACACACAGGAGCGUAUCGACAAGAAAGCCGCGUUGUUCGCAAGCAACGAACGCGGCAGAGAUUUGAGUGCCGCAGCUGAGUUACAACGCAAGCACCAAGCCAGAGCCGUGGAGGCGAGAGCUGUGGGAGACAAGAUUCAAGCCCUGCAGCAAGAAGGCACUGGUUUGGCGCACAAGUAUCCAGAGCGUGCGAAAGAGAUAGAGGAUAGUCUUCAGAGCUUGAACGAAGGCUGGGACAAUCUGCAGCGUUUGGCUGCUAAACGCUCGGCGCUAUUGGAUGAAGCGAUCGCGGAACAUAAAUUUGAAGAGACCCUCAAGGAAUUGGAAGCAUGGGUCGGGGAGACCAUCAAACGAAUGGAGAGCACGGAGCCACCCGAGACUGAGAGUGAGACGCAGGCCUUACUGGAUCUACACCAGGAGACCAAGUCGGAGAUCGACGGUCGCCAGAAAGCUAUCCAGGCGCUCCAGAAGGAAGUAGACCACGUGCCCGAGAAGAAGGAACGCCUGGAACUGCUCUCGGAGACCCUGGAUGCUGCCUGGCUGCAUAGGAAACAGUACCUUACUCAGGCACAUCAGCUUCAGUUAUUGAAAGAGCAGGCUCGUCAGACGGAAGACUGGCUUGCCACCAAGGAAGCCUUCCUCAACAACCAGGACCUUGGGGAGAAUCUCGAUGCUGUGGAGACGUUAAUCAAGAAGCAUUCAGAAUUCUCCAAACUGCUGGACUCUCAACUGGGCCGCGUGGACGAAUUAGAGAAGUUCGCGAGCGGUCUUCUAGAAGAAAACCAUCUCCAUAAAGAUUAUAUACAGAAGCGGCUGGACGAAAUAUUGACAAGGAGAGAUAAGCUUAAGGCGUGGUGCGUUUCUCGAGCGAAACGCUUACAAGAAGCUCGAGCGUUGCACGAACUGGCCAGAGACGUCGCUCACGAGCGAGACUGGAUAUCGCUCAAGAUGCAGGUCGCCACCGACCACAACUACAGGGAGCUGUCUAACUUGCAAACGAAGAUACAGAAGCACACUGCUUUCGAAUCCGAGCUGGCGGCCAACAAAGGACGUAUUGACGCUGUCGCUAACCAGGGGGAGGAAUUAAUAGAAGCGAAACACUACGCGUCAUCAGAAAUAUCCCAACUACUAGAACUGCUGGAGUCCGAAUGGCGGGAACUUCAAGAAGCUGCCAAACUGAAGAGGGAGAGGUUGCAAGAAGCUUAUCAGGCCAGGGUUUACCUGCGAGGGUUGGCAGACUUCACCGCGUGGCUGGAUGAGGUGGAAGCCCAGCUGCUGAGCGAAGACCAUGGCAAGGACCUUUCCUCCGUGACCGCUCUCCUGAAACGCCACAGCCGUCUCGAGCAGCAAGCUUCUGGCAAAGCGGACGCGGCUUCACAACUAGCGGAUACAGCGCGACAUCUAGCGGACGGCGGGCACUUUAUGGCUGAACAAAUCCUAGCGGACGCAGACGGUGCUGUUAAUAGAUAUCGUCAGCUGCAAGAGCCUAUGUCCAUUCGUCGCGAUAACCUGGAAGAUGCAGCGCUCUUAUACCGUUGGGAGAGAGAUGCCGACGAAGAGACCAGAUGGUUGAAAGAACGCGAAAUGGCUGUGCAGUCUGAAGAGUGGGGUUCGACUCUGGCCGAAACUCAGGCUUUGCUCAAGAAACAUCUGGCUGUGGAGGCGGAGAUCAUUGCAAGAGAGGCGACAAUCCAAGCAGUUUGUAACCGAGCAUCUCAGCUCUGCCGACGAGGUCACUUCGCGUCUCAGACUUUGGAGAACAGCUCCAGGAAUCUACAAGCUGCGUACAAAGCCCUGCAAGAUAAUGCUGCCUCCAGGACUACGAGGCUGCAGCAGAGAUGUGAAAUGCUGCAGUUAUUAUCGGAGAUAUCGGAAGCCGAGGCGUGGUUAAGUGAACGCGCAGCCUCCCUAUCUUCGGAGGAAGUCGGUCGCGACGAGGAAUCGACCUUAGCUCUCUCCCGACGACUGCACGCACUACAAGCACAGUUACGAGCGACGGAUGCUACGCUUGCUAGUCUGAAUACACGGGCUACUGCAUUAGCGACGCGAGAUCCCACGGAACGCGCGCUCAUAGACAAACGUCUCGCGGAACUGAAGGCCGCGUACGAGAACAGCACUUUGUUAUCCGCACAACGCGACCAGAGACUACAGCAGAGCCUCAAGUAUUACAAGUUCGCUCAAGAAUGCUCGGAAGUCCAGGAAUGGAUCGGGGAACAGAUGGCCACUGCUGCCAGCGAGGAGUACGGAGUGGAUGUGGAGCACGUGGACACAUUGCAGCAGGCGUUUGACAACUUUUUGGCGCAAUUGCACGCGAACGAAGGCCGCAUCGAGGCUGUGUGCGAGAUCGGCAACGGGCUGAUAGAGGAGAACGCGCCAGAAAGAGACAGAGUGAAGCAGCGGCUAGACGAUAUACGGGGACUGUGGGACGAUCUGAAGGAGCUGGCGUUGGCCAGGCAAGAGGCAUUAGCAGGCGCCCGUCAAGUCCACGAAUUUGAUCGCUCCGCCGAAGAAACGGCCGCGUGGAUCGCAGAAAAGGAAGCCGCUUUACAAGCAGACUCUCGCGCCACACACCAUCCACACGCCAGACGCAGACGUCUUAGGGCUCUGCACGAUGACCUGCGAGCGAUACGGGACGCACAUUCACAGUUGAUGCAAGAAGCAGACAGACUCGGCACCGCGUUCCCAGACGCCAAAGAGCACGUCACAGCUAAGCUGGAAGAUGUUACUGAAGCCCUGGAAGCUCUCACUCAACGUGCUGAACACAGUUCCCAGCAGCUGGAGUUAGCUGAACAACUGCAGGCCUACUUCGGAACUUAUCAGGAGUUACUUGCGUGGACGAACGAAAUGAUAGCUCGCGUCACUGCAGCGGAAUUAUCGAGCGAUGUCGCCGGCGCUGAGAGACUUGUCGCCAGACAUCGCGACCUCAGAGUCGAGAUAGACGCGAAGAGAGACGACUUCCAACAACAUUACGAACAUGGCGAGAAACUCCUCCGCGACGGCCAUUUCAUGUCGGCCGAGAUAGAGGACCGUCUACGAACGUUGCGCGCGCGCAGACGACAUCUCGACGACGCGUGGGCCGCACGAGCGACAAUAUACGCGCAACAUUUGGACGCGUUGGUGUUUAAGAGAGAUGCCGCUGCGUUGGAUAACUGGAUUACCACUAGAGUGCCGCUGGUCCGCGACGGCAAGUUCGGCGACAGCGUGGCGGAAGUCGAGGAGUUGCUGAACCGCCACAAGCACCUGGAAGAGACGAUUGAAUCACAGAGGGACCGCGCUUUAGCACUGGAGAGGAUCACACUGGUGGAACAAGCAUUCGCUGCGCAGCGUGACGAAGAAGAAGCGGCCAGGAAGCGGUCGGUAGAGAAGCAGGAGGAAGAACGACUGCAGCAGUACAGGCGCAGGGAGCUGCAGAGGAUCGCAGAAGAGAGGAGAAGAGACUCCGCGCCGCCCGUGCAGAUGGCAAGAGAAGUGGAGCAAGCUCUAGGCGCCGCGUCCCCGGGUUCGGUGCCCGGUGAGGCGGUGCAGCCGUCGCCGGCGCAGUCGACGGAACGGUUGAACAAACCGGACGCGCUAGUCAAACGCGCUGAAAGCAUGAGCGUUGUGAAGACCCCGAAGCGGACUCCGUCUUUCACGACUCGUCGCCGUACUCAAAGCUUCCGCCGGCAUCGCCGUCCUGAUGCCGACCUGCCGCCCGUCGAGAUUGAAGGAUUCCUAGAACGCAAGCAGGAAGCAGGAUGUGGUGGUAAACGGGCCACUGUAAGAUCCUGGCGCUCGUACUACUCUGUGCUGUGCGGCCAGCUGCUGUGCUUCUUCCGCGACGAGCUCGACUUCUCCAGCGCUAAGGCUGCGGCACCGCCGGUUGCCAUACUUAAUGCUCGUUGCGAACCGGCCGGAGAUUACACCAAACGUGCGAACGUCUUCCGCCUGGCGUGCGCUGAUGGUGCCGAGUAUUUAUUCGCUUGCUCGAGCCGCGAGCUGAUGAGGGAGUGGGUGGCCAAGCUGUCCUUCCAUGCGCAACUGCCCCCGGAGCUGCAGCUCACGCCUUAUUCUGCAGUUCCACCUGGAGAGUCGCCGACUGCUGAAUUGAGGAGGAGAUUGCAUGAGAACGCGUCCUCUUCAUCAUCAGCGGCCUCAUCACCAGAACCGCAGCGCAGAUCUCGGACCCAAGCGGAGAUAUUACAGCAGCACCGCGCCACCCUGCCAUCCCGCGCCUCUGCCACCCCAGACAGGAAUAUAGAGUCAUCAGUGCUGCCAUCAUUACCUCCUCGAGAACCUCCGCAAGAGGACGCCACUGAGGUUGUGUUACGUAAUUCGGAACCAUCAAGCGCUUGGGGUCGAUCACGGUUCUCGAAUGGUAGAGACAUCAACGCCGAGUUCAUCAAGUCACAACAAGCAGCCGGAGCACCACCUUUGCCGCUAUCGGGGCCGCCCGACCGUCCCCCAGCGUUACCCGAAAGAGGGCCAGCUUUACCAGAAAGAGGGCCAACUUUACCCGAAAGGGGGCCAGCUCUACCCGACCGUGGGCCAACUUUACCUGACCGAGGGCCAACUUUACCUGACCGAGGGCCGACUUUACACGACCGAGGACCGACGUUGCCCGACCGCAACGCGAACGCAUCCGAGAAGCAAUCGGUGCACGCCCUGGUCAACAGCUUUCAGCAGCGAAUGACCGGAAGUCAGCAACAGACCAGAGACAACAGAAACACUUGGUCUCUGGAGAGGCAGAACAACAACUGGCAGAGUGUGGAGACCACGUCGCAUUUCUAUACGGCGAGCGAGAUGGCAUACGGCGGUAAUAAUAGCGGUGGAAGACCGGCCUCUGUCGCUGGCAGUGGGGGCUCCCCAGCGUUAGACCAACGGCCUGCUUCUAGGUCGUCUGGUGAAAGUGAGUUGUCAGUGAGUGGAGUGACAAAAGAGAAGAAAGACAAGAAGGGAGUGUUUGGAGGACUCUUCAGCAGGAAGAAGAGACCGCAAAGCCAUAUGUGAAGAACUAGCGUGAAUGUAGUUGCGAGUUAGAAGGAAACAUUGUUUGAUUCACAUUUUCUGUGACAGAGAUUUCAAUACCUACAUAGAUGAAAAAAAAUGUGCGGCUGUAUGAUUUUAGUAACCUAUGCCUCAUAAUAGAGGACAUUUGAAAACAACAACUUAAUUGUAAAAAAGCUUCUGUUUUUCGUUGUUAUAAUAUUAAAUAUGUAAACUUUAUCACUGAUUGUGGUUUCAUAUAACGGCUUAAUGCAAUAUUUUCAUUACAAUUUUAAUGUACGGCUGAACAGAAAACAUAGCUUCGUUUAUUUAUUGAAGUCUCUGCUCUAUGGUUUUAAUAAGGUAUUGCCAAACUGAAAUUUUACUUCGUUUUAAUAGUAGUCAUUUUUUUAUAAGGUUAAAGUGAUUAAAUCGAAGGAGAUAAUUGUACAUUUCUAACGCUUGUGUUAAACUCUUUAAAAAUUGACGAAAAUUUACUCAAAUCAAAAAUACACCUACUUUUGUGUAAAAAAUGCGUAUUUACAUCUCUCAAGAUUAACACAGCAAAUAAAAUUUGUUUUGAAAAUAUCUACAGUGUUAACAUUGCUUUAAAUUGCAUUUCAAUCUCUGUUUAUAGCAAAGUACAGAGUUGAUUUAGAAAGUAUUAAAAUACUGUAAAAAAAUAUGUUGAAAUUUUACAUUUAUUAAUGUAACAUAUAUUUAAGAAAUACAAUUCACGUAAGCAAGUCCGAGCAGCGUCCUGUGCGAACUUCACUGACAUUCCAGCACCUAUCUGAAGUUCGUCAACGUUCUUUUUCUAAUAAACUGUAUUCUUUUGAUAUCAGUUUAGGUGGCGGCAAACUUUUUGAGCAAAACCACAGACAAAUCAACUUGCGCAGUAAACGUUUCAGUAUGUAAAAUUGCUACUGCGCUUCCUUGUCUGUGGUCGCUGUUCAAGUAAUUUGCCGGGAUGUAUAACAAUUUUUCUUUGACAAUCCUUACGAUGUUAUCAAUUGAAUGGCUUUUUUACAACACAACAAGACACUUUUUUAAUGUUGUAAAUUUUACUGUUUCAUUUUUGAACUUUAUAUAAAUAUAUGCCUUUGUUUUUAAAAAAAGCUAUUUGCUAUAAAGUACCUUAUUUGGUACUUGUAUAUUUAGUAUAUGUUUUUAUUUGAUAAAUCUUAUGAUCAAAUGUAUAUCUUGCAUUUUGUAAAAUCGCUAACAUAUAUUAUAUUAUUUUGAGAAUUUUACAGCCAUUUCAAUUAAGAGUACUUAAAAAUCGUUCUGUUGCCAUUAUUUGGAAUUCAAUAAUGCAAAGUUAUAUCUUUGUGAUUUUCUAUAAAUUUACGUAUUCUAUUGUUUAGGUAUAUACAUUAAAGAAAAGAAAAUUAGCUAUGAAAAUUUCGUAAAAAAUUUAGCUAUGAAAUUAUUUACUUGUCACAAAUUAUAGAAGGGACCAAUUAUAAAUAUUCCAUGUUUAAGACAUUUUAUUUCUUCACAGACUUAUUGUGAAACUUUUUUUAGCAUAUUAAUAAAAUUAAAGCAAUUAAAGAAAUUGGACAAUAAUAUUCCUUUCAACUAGGUAAUUUAAUUGUUAGGUGACAGAAAUUUGUAUAUUUAUCUGUUUUAUUAUAAUAAUAGAUUUAUCAGUGCGAUUCAAUGUCUUGGAUUUAAACGAAACUGUUUCCAGCGUAUUUUUUUUUAGGUCUGGAAUUAGGUCUUUGGGAGAUACUGUUAAAAAGUCACAAAAAACUUUAUAGUGGCAUUUUCUUGAAAUUAUUUAUGUAUGGUGCGUCGAAAGAAACGUUUACGUCAAAUUAAAUUGACAGUUCUAAUUCUAGUUCGGCCUUAUAGAAAACAAGAAACACAAAAACUUGUUAAAUGCAGACUAUGGCUGUAUGGCUCUGCCUUUGCCUUUCCCAGGAUGGGAAAAAGUUAAAAAAAAAAGUUCUAAUUCUAGCAGUUGCAUAAUUUACUCUAGGUAUAUACUUAUGAUGUAUAUCAGCCUUUUAACCAAUUUUUCGUUUUGCUGUUUCAUUGCGUUUACGGAUUCGUUGUUUUGUUAGAACAAGUUAACUAUUUAUGACGGUUACUUUGUUGUACGUUAAUGUCCAAUAUAGUUAAUGAAGAAGCCUAGAAGAAUGCCUAUUCAUAAUAUUAAAAGAUGAUCAUUGGACCUAUUUAUGGAUUUAAAAGUACUUAACAGAUAUUUAUAAAUACCAGUUCCAGUAUAAAAAGUAAAAGUACUUAAUAUAGAGAAUUAUUAAUUUUGAUUAACAUUUAUUAAAAUCUUUAUUUUAAUAAAUAAUAAUCUUUUAUAAUAUAUAAUAAUAAAUAAUCAUUUUGUCAUCGUUCCGUAGCGAUUUCUGUCAUUUGCGUACAAUAACGUAACUGUUACAUCCAAUGCAAGUUUCGCAAAAGUACAACUACACUCCACCUAUAUACCUACUAACAUUAAUCGUUGAUUUUUAAUAAUUUUAUCACUUUGUUAUAUCUUUUUUAUCCAAUGAUGCAAUGAAAUAGUAGAAGAUAUCGAGAAAAUUGGAUUUAUUGUACAAACAAUUGUAAUUCAUGCAAAAGCACGCUAUGAAUAAUGUUUGGCUGUAAACAAAUUACCCGUCAACCUAAAGAUGUGUGAUCAAAAGAUAUUUUUGACGAAAUUUUGAUUUAAGUACCUUAUCAAGUAAGUUUUAACAUUGUUUGAUACAAUUAUUGUAAUCGGAGGCCUUAUUUCGCGGCUGUUAUAAAAAAAACAUGUUAUUAUGUAGUUAGUAACGCUUCUCAAUUAAUACUGAAUAUAUUUUGUGUAAUUAAUUCUUUGUUUCAUUUAUUUUUGUUAUAAUAGAAGAAUUAUUAUUAUUUUAAAUUAUUAUUAGCAAAAAAUAAUCCCUAUGAUUAACCCUUUCGAUGGUUAUCGUAAUAAGUCGUGUUUUUUUUUCGAAAUUUCACGAGUUCUAUUCCCAGUUGUAACAGACGAUUAAAAAAAAGCUAUGAAUGCAGUUCUAGUUAUUAUUAAAAUGAUGUCUUCUUUCAGUAAAAUAUCCUUUCUUCAAUAUUUAACAUAAAUACUUUCCCUCCAUGUGAGGUAGCCGUGGGACGCCCUGUAUAUUGCAUUUUACGGGCGAGCGUCGCCACGCCAGAAAUCGGUUUUACGUACGCCCAAAGAUGGUUCACAUCAAAAAAACAAAUUACUAUCUUAAUAUUUUUAUUUAAUUUUACCCGCCAAUAUACCUUGUGCACAAGUAAACGAAUAUCACGUUACAACAAAAAUCACAGUGACUGCCGUCAGAUAUCGCCCGUAGAUCUCAAUAUGCCCGCGUAGAAAGGGAGCGGCACAGCCGGGUUAUAAUUAGCCCCAUAUCUAUGGACCACAGCUAUAUUUCCUCUCUGAAACACUGCUUCUAAAGACGCCCGCAAUAAAGCAGCUUGUGCCAAAUUUGCGUUAUAUUCCGUCCCCUCUUUGUUUUUAACGUAAUAACUGAUAUCCAUCUGAGGAUUUAGUGGUACUCGCGGCUGUAUAACUUGACCGUAAUAAGUAUUUGGUGUGUAAAUACUCCGUUUACGUCUGAAACCUCCCUCGAAAUGAUGGUGGGGAUUCGGAAUAAAAGCUUGGUAAUGUGUCACGUGUGCUGAAGGCGGAUGAAUCUUUUUAGCGUACGCUUUCUCUAAAGCGUGUUUGACAGUUUUAAUUUUCUCCGCGACUGUAUGGACUACAGCUUUGACUUUGUGCAAAGGAGGUGGUAUGUGAACUUCGUUGUUUUUGAUUAGCACGGAACGUUUUUGAACGUGUUUGGCGCGCAAAUCGUUUUCCACGUCGAAUUGUCCCGAUUUUAAGAAGUCUUGGUCUUCUUCGUUCGUCCUUUUAGGGUUGGAGUGCUCCCAUAUCUUUUGUUUCGCGUAAUACUUAAGUGCUUUCACUAAAGGAUUGGUUUCGUCUGAAAUGGAGCGUUUUUUAACGGAUUUUUGUCUUGUCAGAGUGGAGGGUAAAUGCUCUCGGUUGUCUGUGGCUACAGCAUCUAGUAGUUCCGGUUUUAAGUCGGAACUGUUAUUGUCACUCGGUUUCGGUGAUACGAUUGGAGCUUUUGGUAACUCUGCUGGUGGUUGCGUCGUUGGAGGUG